UCCGAUUAGACUUGUCGAUUGAGGUGGAAGCAGUUGUCCCUCCGAAGAAGCAAACACCAGAAUAGUAAAAGGUGCCUUGGUCUUGUCUCCUUCCCCUUGCUCGCUCGACAAUGUUCGACCCCAUCGUCCUCGCAUCCGCGGCGGCGACAUGGCUGCUCAACAAGCUGCUGGACCGCCUCUCCAGCGCCGCCAUUAACGCGCUGCUGAGCUCAGAGGGCCUCGACAGGGAGGUCGCGCUCCUGAGGGACGCGCUGCGCCGCGCCAACCUCGUCCUCGGCGCCGUGCCCGCCGGAGCCGCCGCCGGGGUCAGGAUCGGGAACGAGCAGCUGGUGGUGCAGAUCAACCAGGUGCAGCGGCUGGCGGCCGACUUGGCCAAGCACCUCGACGAGCUCGAGUACUACGACAUCAAGGAAAAGGUUAAAAAGAAGAAUCAGAAGAGCAGCAACCCAUUUUGUUAAGUUAGCCUUUGUGGAAUAGUCCACUGGCUAUGGGAGUUGGAGAUAUCGAUUGCGUUGAAACAACCGAUUUGCAUCGAAGUGAUGCAAAUGGAGUGACACCUUCCUUAAGGAUGCAUCAGUUGUUUCAAACCUGUUUUGUGAGGUUUCACAAUUGGAAUACCUAAGGUUGGCCCUUGCGGGGUUGAGGUAGAGAUUUUGGUUGAAUCGUGUUAUGUUUCUGAUAUCGCUUAGCUAAACCUGCCAUCCUUGACAUGGGAAUUCAUUUGCUUUGAAGCUUGAAGUCAAGAAUAUACUUGGGUUGUAGGAGUAUUGGCGUUGUCAGGGGUUUGUUGAAUAGUCUAUGACCUAUAACAUCAUGAUAGGAUGCUAAAUUGGCUUGUCACCAUUGAAGCAUUAUCAAUUGAACCUAGUGAGUUUUGCUCGUUGAGUGAAUGUUGAAAUUUAAGGUCGUCUGAACUUUUCCUGACCUAAUAAUCAAAGGUAUUGUUUGGGCUUGUCGUGGUAUUUUAUUGACAGAUUUUUAAUGUGAUUCAUUCUAGAGCUUUGUUUCUUAAUGGCUCUUGUGGAGUGAAUGAAGUUAAAGAAGUAAUUGACUAAUUUCUGAUGUGAGAGUUUUGGAUUUCUGUUGGUGACCCAGUUUUCUCUAAGAAUGGAGAUUUGACUGAGAGAUGCCUGAGUGGGUUUACAUGUUGGAAGUUUGUCUCUAUUGGGAGUAAGUCUAUCCAAACCCUGGUUCAAGGGAAGAGUGUUGUAAAAGUGGAGUUCAUUCCGGAAUUUAAGUGCUGAGAUUAGAGUUAUGUUUGGAAGCUAAGGGUUGCUCCCCUGUUUAAAGGAGUGUAGUGAAAGAGGAUGAACUAUUGGGGUGUAUCUUUGUAGUUUUGUUGCUGUUCAGGAGAGGGUAUGCCUUCUAAGGAUCUGGAGAGAAGCAUUGUAUGCUAACGCUCAACCCGUUGACGGUAAACUAGUGUUGCAAAUGGUGUUUUCUAAACUAAAUUCGCAAAAUAACUAAAUUGGAGUUGGAUUAACAGGGUUAAGUUUGUAGAAGUCAUAUUUUUCAACCCUCUCCAUGAGCUUUCCGCAGUGAUCAUCUUGUCGGUUGGAUUAACCGAUGUCUUUCCAACUUUUGAGGAGGAUGUUUUUUGCAUGCAAUUUUACUUUGAAGAAGUUGUGGUGUAGUUACCGAUAGUAUGACUGGCCUGGGAAUGUGAGCAACAUGUGAAGUUCUUUAGUAUGCCAGUUUGGCAUUAAUCUGAACGUACCGGUCAACACAGUUUAUCUAUUGGUUCAACUACCUCUGGAUGGAAGUGUUCUGGUAUUC